AUGGAGAAGAUAUGUAAAGCUUUGGGAUGCUCCAGUGUUCGGUCAGUUGAGUUAGCCGCUUUUCGAUUAGAGGAUGUGGCGCAGGAGUGGUAUAGCUCUUUGUGUAGAGGUAGACUGACGGAUGCAGCGCCAUUGGCUUGGAGUGAGUUUAGUGCAGCCUUCUUAGAUCGAUUCCUACCACUCAAUGUACGUAAUGCUAGAGCUAGGGAGUUUGAGAUUUUGGUACAAACUUCGAGUAUGACGGUGUCGGAGUAUGACAUCAAGUUCACACAGUUGUCUCGGGCUGUGGCAUCUCGAGAUUUCACUACCUAUUCUACAGCAGUAGAUUGUGCUCAGCGCAUUGAGAUGAGGACCAUUGAGAGUAGGGCUGCGAGGGAUAGAGCAAAGAGGGCCAGGACAAAGGGUUAUCAGGGCCGUAGAGAUUUCAGCAGUGGUGGUUCAUCUUCUAGCCGUCAGGAUCCACAAAGGGAUUCACGAUUAUCCCAACAGAUGAGUGACCUGCCUAAUGCUAGUGUUGGGAUGGGACAGAGAACUUUCAAUGCUAGAAGGCAACAAGAUUCGAGACAGAGUAGUCAAGUUAUCCACCCUUGUAAUAUCUGUGGGAAGAGACAUAGUGGACGAUGCUUACGUACUACGGCAGUUUGUUAUGGGUGUGGCCAACCCGGGUACAUUAGGAGGAAUUGUCCAAUGGCUCAUCAAUCACAAGACUCGGCAUGUGGUUCCACCCAGCCAGCUUUGUCUGCUCCUUCAGUUGCUACCUCAUCUGGUCGAGAGGCUACUGGAUCGAGAGGUAGAGGUGCUGGUACUUCCUCUCAGGGAAGGCCAUAUGGGUCUGGACAUUAG